CCUCCUCCUCCCUUCUUGACCUGACUUAAAUCCGGGAGGCAUUUGUCUAGGCUUCCCUUUGACUGCUGGAGGAAGGAGGAGCAGGCCAGACCACUGUUCUUGGAGGGUGCACGCCUCUUUGCCUGCUGCUGACCAUUGCUGUGGGAACCCACUUCUAUCCAGAGCCAGGGAAGGGCAAUGCAAGCAAGCUGGUGAAGGCCUUCCUCCUCUCCACCAUGGUCGACACUACCAAGUAUGAAGCGGCUGCCCAGCACGAGGCAGAUUCCUCUGCUCUGGAAGAUGGGGCCAGCCCAGUGGCCGAGCAGGUAAAACUGAAGAAGGAGAUCUCACUACUUAACGGCGUGUCCCUGAUAGUGGGGAACAUGAUUGGCUCCGGCAUCUUUGUCUCCCCCAAGGGUGUACUCAUGUACAGUGCCUCUUUUGGCCUCUCGUUGGUCAUCUGGGCCGUUGGGGGCAUUUUCUCCGUCUUUGGGGCCCUUUGUUAUGCCGAACUGGGUACCACCAUUAAGAAAUCUGGGGCCAGUUACGCUUAUAUCCUGGAGGCCUUCGGAGGAUUUCUUGCCUUCAUCCGCCUCUGGACUUCUCUGCUCAUCAUCGAACCCACCAGCCAGGCCGUCAUUGCCAUCACCUUUGCCAACUACAUGGUGCAGCCCCUCUUCCCGAGCUGUGCUGCUCCCUAUGCUGCUGCCCGCCUGCUGGCUGCUGCCUGUAUCUGUCUCUUAACCUUCAUUAACUGUGCCUAUGUCAAGUGGGGAACCCUGGUCCAAGACAUUUUCACCUAUGCUAAAGUGUUGGCGCUGAUUGCGGUUAUCAUUGCAGGCAUUGUUACACUUGGCCAGGGAACCACGAGUCACUUCGAGAAUUCCUUCGAGGGUUCAUCGUUUGCAAUGGGUGACAUCGCCCUGGCGCUCUACUCAGCUUUGUUCUCCUACUCGGGCUGGGACACCCUUAACUAUGUCACCGAAGAGAUCAGGAAUCCUGAGCGGAACCUGCCCCUCUCCAUUGGCAUUUCCAUGCCCAUCGUCACCAUCAUCUACCUCUUGACCAAUGUGGCCUAUUACAGUGUGCUCGACAUGAAGGACAUCCUGGCGAGUGAAGCUGUUGCUGUGACCUUUGCGGAUCGGAUUUUUGGAAUAUUCAACUGGACAAUUCCAGUGGCAGUUGCAUUAUCCUGCUUUGGUGGCCUCAAUGCUUCCAUUGUGGCUGCUUCUAGGCUUUUAUUUGUGGGCUCAAGAGAAGGCCACCUCCCUGAUGCCAUCUGUAUGAUUCAUGUUGAACGGUUCACACCAGUGCCUUCUCUACUCUUCAAUGGCAUCUUGGCACUGGUCUACUUGUGUGUGGAGGACAUUUUCCAGCUCAUUAACUACUAUAGCUUCAGCUACUGGUUCUUUGUGGGGCUUUCCAUCGUGGGUCAGCUUUAUCUACGCUGGAAGGAACCUGACCGGCCUCGCCCUCUCAAGCUCAGCAUUUUCUUCCCCAUUGUCUUCUGCCUCUGCACUAUCUUCCUGGUGGCCGUCCCACUUUACAGUGACACCAUCAACUCCCUCAUCGGCAUCGCCAUUGCCCUCUCAGGCUUGCCCUUCUACUUCCUCAUCAUCAGGGUCCCCGAGCACAAGCGACCUCUCUGCCUUCGCAGGAUCGUAGCCUCCACCACACGGUACCUCCAGAUCCUCUGCAUGUCAGUUGCUACAGAACUGGAUUUGGAAGAUGGAGAGAUGCCCAAACAACAAGGUCGCAAGUCUAAGUAGAGCUUGGAAUUCUGAGAUGUGGACAAAUGGGUGCUUCUUACGUCCCACUGGCCAGAACCUCUUUGGAGGUACUCCAUCCAGGAGCCCAGUCUUGGCAGCUUCAACUUUGAACUUGCUUUUGAGGGAUGAAAAAUAAUUUAUUUGUUUUGCUAUGUGUUGUUUCAGACUUCAUAAAGGGAUAAUGCAGACUGUGGCAGGAAGCAGGCCACUUCUGGAGCCUGGUUCUGGAAGUGCCUGGGUGUGCCUACCCACUCCUUUCCUUUACAGGGACCAACAAUGCUCCAAACUUGUCUCCUUUAGAGGGACACAAAACUGUCAUAGUUGCAAAACAAUAAAAAGGUUAUGUU